AUGGAGUGCGGAAAGAGCUUCAGUCAGAGUGAACACCUCAAUAUACAUCAAUGGACUCACACAGGGGAGAAACCAUUUAAAUGCCUGGAGUGUGGAAAGAGCUUCGGUAUCAGUGGAAACCUUAGAAGACAUCAACAGAUUCACACAGGGGAGAAACCAUAUAAAUGUAUGGAGUGUGGAAAGAGCUUCAGUGAGAAUGGAGACCUUAGAAAACAUCAACGGACUCACACGGGGGAGAAACCAUUUAAAUGCAUGGAGUGCGGAAAGUGCUUCGGUCAGAGUGGACACCUCAAUAUACAUCAACGGACUCACACGGGGGAGAAACCAUUUAAAUGCAUGGAGUGUGGAAAGUGCUUUGGUCCGAGUGGACACCUCAAUAUACAUCAACGGACUCACACAGGGGAGAAACCAUUUAAAUGCCUGGAGUGCGGAAAGAGCUUUAGUGAGAAUGGAAAACUUAAAACACAUCAACGGACUCACACAGGGGAGAAACCAUUUAAAUGCAUGGAGUGCGGAAAGAGCUUUAGUUUCAAUGCAACCCUUAGAAUUCAUCAACGGACUCACACAGGGGAGAAACUAUUUAAAUGCCUGGAGUGCGGAAAGUGCUUCCGUGAGAAUGGAGACCUUAGAAAACAUCAACGGACUCACACGGGGGAGAAACCAUUUAAAUGCAUGGAGUGCGGAAAGUGCUUCGGUCAGAGUGCACACCUCAAUAUACACCAGCAGACUCACACAGGGGAGAAACCAUUUAAGUGCCUGGAGUGCGGAAAGAGCUUCAGUCAGAAUGGAGUCCUUAAAAAACAUCAACGGACUCACACAGGGGAGAAACCAUUUAAAUGCAUGGAGUGCGGAAUGAGCUUUAGUGAUAAUGGAACCCUUAAAAAACAUCAACGGACUCACACAGGGGAGAAACCAUUUAAAUGCCUGGAGUGCGGAAAGUGCUUCAGUCAGAAUGGAGACCUUAGAAAACAUCAACGGACUCACACAGGGGAGAAACCAUUUAAAUGCAUGGAGUGCGGAAAGUGCUUCAGUCAGAGUGCACACCUCAAUAUACAUCAACAGACUCACACAGGGAGAAAUCAUUUAAAUGCCUGGAGUGCGGAAAGAGCUUCAGUCAGAAUGGAAAUCUUAGAAAACAUCAGCAGACACACAGGGGAGAAACUGUUUAAAUGUAUGGACUGUGGAAGGAGCUCCAGUCAGAGUGGAACCCUUGAUUUAUGUGAACAAACUCACACAAAACACAAACCUUAUAAAUAUCAGGAAAGUAGAUAG